CGACAGAAAAACGAUUGAAUGGGAAAGAAAAGAGCUGCAUAAGAUGAGGUCAGACAUAAUGACAGAAAGAGAGCAAAUGGAAGACAUGAGAGAAGCAAUCAAACUAGAGAGGGCCACACUUGACCAGAAAAUACAAGAGACUGAUCUAGAAAAGGAUGAAAUUGAAAAGAACAAAGAAAUAGUUCAGAAAUUAAUGGAUAAAGUAGAAGAGCAGCGAAAUUAUAUUAAACUCCAGAAAGAAGAACUUAACCUUGAAAAACAAAAGGUCACUGAUGAAAAAUAUCUUAUAGAUCAACAUAAGAUUGAACUUCAAAAAGAAAGUGAACAGAUAAGAUACACUGAGGAAGAAAUAAAGAAGGAGAAAGUAACACUGAAGCAAAUGCAAGCUCAUCUACAAAAGGAGAAGGAAGAAAUUAAGAGUGUCGCUGAAGAAACAAACAGACGAAAAGAUGAUCUGGAAAGAAUGAACACAGACAUAAAUGAACAAAAGCAAGAGUUGAAGAACUGCAGAGCCCUUCUAGAACAAGAAAGAGAAGAAAUAAAUCAGAAAUGGACAGAUUUACAAGAGAGAAUUGAUGCAACUGAGCAGACAAAGACUGUUUCUAUGAGGGAUGCCCUGGAGGAGACCAGAAAGAAAGAAGAAAAAACAGAAAUGGAAGAAAAACUUAAACAGGCUAACAAGGAAUAUGAAAGGGUCAUAGAAGAAAUAAACAGGAGAAAGAAUGAACUACAGAAUUCUGUGUUUGAUAUAUCACAACAAAAUCAAAAGAUAGAGACAGAGAAAGAUCUCCUGAAGAAGGAGAGAAAUAACAUUGAAAAGGAAAAAGAAGAUUUGCAAAGACGAGCUGAAGACCUGGAGAAGCACAUGACAGAACAGAAAGAAAAAGAAGAGCUGAGUAAAAGAUCAAUGGAUGAUGAGAAGAAGCUUCUUGAGCAGAAGGCUGGCGAGAUCCUGAGACAGAAAAAUCAAUUAGACAAAGAAAAAGAGGACAUGAUGAAGAAAUGGAAUGAGUUGAAUGUUCUUCAAUGGAAAAUACAAAAACAAAGAGACGAAAUUGAAGAAAUCAAAUAUGAGUUACAGAGUGAAAAGACUAAAAUGAAUCAACAGCAGCAAAGACUGGAGGAGAUUACAAGAGCUGUGAAUGAGGAGAGGAGAGAUCUGGAGAACAUGAGGAAUGAAUGUGAAAAAUACAGACAACAAAUGGAAGAAGAGAUAAGAUUAAAAGCAAAGAUGGAGAGAGAGGAACUUGAUCAAAUGAAGAGUGAUCUGGAAAGACAGAAAACUGAAAUAGAUAAUGAGCAGAAGAAAAUAGAUGAUGACAGAAAGAAGAUGAGCUCUGAAAUAAUGACACAAAGAAAGGAAAUAGAAGAAGAAAGAUCAGAAAUUGACAACAAAACAAAAGAGAAUGAACUAGAAAAAUUUGAAAUUGAAAGGAGCAGAGAAAUUGUUCAGAAAUUAAUGGAUGAAGUGAAAGAACAGAAACAUUAUAUUAAACGUCAUCAAGAAGAACUUGAACUUGAGAGACAAAAUAUCACUGAUGAAAAAGUUUUUCUGGCUCAACUAAAGACUGAACUUCAAGAAGAAAGUGAACAUAUCAGAUACAUGGAAGACGAAAUAAAGAAGGAGAAAGAAAGACUGAAGGACAUGGAAGCUCAUCUACAAAAGGAAAAAGAAGAAAUUGAAAGUGUUACUGAAGAAACAAACAGACGAAAAGAAGAUCUGAAAAGAAUGAACACAGACAUAAAUGAACAAAAACAAGAGUUGAGAAAACACAGAGAGAUUCUAGAGCAGGAGAGAGAAGAAAUGAAUAAUAAAUGGACAGAGUUACAGCAGAGAAUUAAUGAAUUUGAUACUCAAGUCAAAAAACAAGAGAAAAAGCAUUUAAUGAAACAGGAGGAGAUGGAAGAAGAAAGAAAAGGUCUAGAAGAGACCAGAGUCAAAAUUCUGGAGCUGGAAACUAAAGCUGAGCAGGAACGUCAAGACAUAAACCAAAAAACACAAGAGUUGAAUGCACUGCAAAAACAUAUUAUGAAAGAAAAAGAGAAAAUGGAAGACAUGAGAGUAAAAGCACAGAUAGACAGAAAAGAACUUGAUCAAGUUAAGAGGGAACUUGAACAAGAGAAAACUGAAAUAGAUGAUGACAGAAAGAUGACGGAACAGGAAAGAAAAGAGCUGCAUAAGAUGAGGUCAGACAUAAUGACAGAAAGAGAGCAAAUGGAAGAAAUGAGAGAAGCAAUCAAACUAGAGAGGGCCACACUUGACCAGAAAAUACAAGAGACUGAUCUAGAAAAGGAUGAAAUUGAAAAGAACAAAGAAAUAGUUCAGAAAUUAAUGGAUAAAGUAGACGAGCAGAGAAAUCAUAUUAAACUCCAGAAAGAAGAACUAAACCUUGAAAGACGGAAGAUCACUGAUGAAAAAUAUCUUAUAGAUCAACAUAAGAUUGAACUUCAAAAAGAAAGUGAACAGAUCAGAUACAUGGAGGAAGAAAUAAAGAAGGAGAAAGAAACACUGAAGGAAAUGCAAACUCAUCUACAAAAGGAGAAGGAGGAAAUUAAGAGUGUCGCUGAAGAAACAAACAGACGAAAAGAUGAUCUGGAAAGAAUGAACACAGACAUAAAUGAACAAAAGCAAGAGUUGAAGAACUGCAGAGCCCUUCUAGAACAAGAAAGAGAAGAAAUAAAUCAGAAAUGGACAGAUUUACAACAGAGAAUUGAUGAAAAUGAGCAAACAAAGACUGUGUCUAUGAGGGAUGCCCAGGAGGAGACCAGAAAGAAAGAAGAAAAAACAGAAAUGGAAGAAAAACUUAAACAGGCUAACAAGGAAUAUGAAAGGGUCAUAGAAGAAAUAAACAGGAGAAAGAAUGAACUACAGAAUUCUGUGUUUGAUAUAUCACAACAAAAUCAAAAGAUUGAGACAGAGAAAGAUCUCCUGAAGAAGGAGAGAUAUAAUAUUGAAAAGGAAAAAGAAGAUUUGCAAAGACGAGCUGAAGACCUGGAGAAGCACAUGACAGAACAGAAAGAAAAAGAAGAGCUGAGUAAAAGAUCAAUGGAUGAUGAGAAGAAGCUUCUUGAGCAGAAGGCUGGCGAGAUCCUGAGACAGAAAAAUCAAUUAGACAAAGAAAAAGAGGACAUGAUGAAGAAAUGGAAUGAGUUGAAUGUUCUUCAAUGGAAAAUACAAAAACAAAGAGAGGAAAUGGAAGAAAUCAAAUAUGAGUUACAGAGUGAAAAGACUAAAAUGAAUCAACAGCAGCAAAGACUGGAGGAGAUUACAAGAGCUGUGAAUGAGGAGAGGAGAGAUCUGGAGAACAUGAGGAAUGAAUGUGAAAAAUACAGACAACAAAUGGAAGAAGAGAUAAGAUUAAAAGCAAAGAUGGAGAGAGAGGAACUUGAUCAACUGAUGGCCAAUAUAUUAAUGAAACAAAGAGAAACUGAAAAGAGUGAGGAUGUGAUAGACCAGCUAAAGAAGGAAAUGGAGCAAACAAAAGCCAGACUCAAGGCUCAAGAGGAGCAAAUCAAACUGGAAUCGCAAAUAGUUCAAGAUGAGAGGAAAGAUCUGGAACAGUCCAAGGCUGAAAUCAAGAGACAGAUUGAUGAAAUAAAGCUCAUGAAAGAGCAGACACACCAGUUAGUAAAGACAACGAAUGAGACAAAAGAUUUACGUCUGAGUAGAGAAAAACUUGAAAAAAUGAUGACUGAAAUCCACAGUGAAAGAGAAGAAAUUCUGAAAAUGCGAAAGGAGUGUGAGAGAGAAAAACAUGAACUGGACCAAAUGAAAACAGAUUUGCAGAAAGAUGAACCACAGAAAAUGAAUGCAGAAGUGCAAUAUGAUGAAACCCACAAUGUUAUGGACUCAUUGAAAGAAGAGAAAGAAGAAAUAGAAAGGAUGAAAGUCGACCUCCAGAACGAGCAGAGGGAAACUGAAAACAUGAUGGACAUUAUAAAAAGAGAGAAGACUGACCUGGAACAGAAGAAAGCUGAAAUAAAACAAAUGACUGCAGAAAUAAGAACAGACAGUGAUAAGAAAUUACAAGAUGAAAUUAUGAAGACUGAAGCAAUCCUCAACGAAACCAAGAAACAGAAGAAUGACUUGGAACAGAUGAAUGACAAUUUGAUCAGAGAAAAAACUGAAUUGGAAAGCACUUGUCAGUUUUUAGAAAAAGAAAAGAAAGAAGUGGAAACUAGAUUACAGGAUAUGGUGAAUGAACUGAAUAUUCAGCUUAAGGAGUUCAAAGAACUACAGAAGUCCAAGAUUGAGGAGAGAAUGGCAGAUAAGAUAAAUCUGGAGAAAGUGAAUGAUGAGAUGGCUAAUGAGCGUGAAAAAAUUGAAAAGGAAAAUGAAGAUUUAAGACUGAGAAGAGACGAGCUGCUGCACACAAAAGAAGAAAUUCAAAAGCAGAAAAGAGACCUAGAAGAAAUGAUGAACAAAGUGACAAUGGAGAAGAGUGAGGUAGAACAAGAGAGGUGUGAAAUAUACAAACAAAAACAACAACUGGAAGACAUUAAAGACGCUUCAGAAAGAAAGUGGGAUGAGACUCAGGCGGUCAGUGAAAGGUCCACACAAGAUGAUGAGGACAUACAAAUCUUGAAAACUGAGAGGAAGAGAAUAGCAGAUCUGAAAGAUCAAUUACAGAAAGAAAAGGAUGUUGAAACCAACAAAGAGAAAAUUAACAGAGAGAUGGAACAUAUGGAAAAGUUGCAAAACCAAUUAGAUGACCAAAAAGAAGAGAUCAAGCUUGAAAAACAAAAAAUAGAAGACAUAAGGAUUGAGAUUCAAGACAAGACAAAUGCUCUGGAGAAAAUUAUGCUGGACUUAAAAGAAGAGAGGGAAAAUCUAAAUGCUUUAGUAAUUCAACAACAAAAAGAAAGAGUAGAGAUGGAUUUACUAGAAGAAGAAAACAAAAGAAAAGAGAAGCAUGCCAAAGAUGAGAUACAAAGACAGUUAGAGGACAUCGAAAAUAUCAAGGUCAGGUUGGCAAUAGAGAGAUAUCAAAUUGAUCAGAUGAAUGUAGAAAUAAAGACUAGAAGUGAAGGCCUAGAGAAAAUAAUCAGACAACAGCUAAAUGAGUUUGAAAUCAAAGAGAAUGACAUGCAAAGAGAAAGAAAGGCUUUGGAGAUGAUGAAUGUUGAGCUAGAAAGGAAAGCCACCGAAAUAGAAAAAGAGAGAGAGAAAGUAACUCUCUGGGAAGCAGAUAUACAGGGACAGAAAAACAAAGCAGAAGAGCUAACGAACAUCUUAGAAAGAGAGAAAAGUGAACUUGACAGAGAGAAAGCUGAAGUAAAACGAGAAAAACAAGAGAUGGAAAACAUUCUAAAAACCAUCAAGAGUGAGUUGGAAGACCUAGAGCAACUGAGAAAUAAAAUGGAGGAAGAGAAGAAAGACUUACUGGACAAGAUGUUAAUAGAAAAACAUGAGAUGGAUCUAUUGAAAACAGAGUUACAGUUGGAGAAGGACAGUGUUGAAGAGGAAAAGAUGAUGUUGAAGGAGUUGAUGAAUGAAACUGAAAACAAAAGAUCUCAACUGGACAGCAAGAUUGUGCAGAUGAACAUGGACAAAUUAAAUAUUCAAGAAGAAAAAGACUUGCUGGAGGAGAUCAAGGCUGAUUUACAAAGAAAGUCUGAAAAGCUUACUGAGGAAAUCAGGAAAACAGACCAAAUCACCUCUCAUAUCAGUAAAGACCAAGAGGACAUGCCAAAGAGAUUUGAUGACAUGAAAAGAAAGGAAGAAGAGCCCAGUACUAUGCGAGCAGACGUCAAAGGACAGACAAUUCUUCUACAAUCUGAUCCACUACUACUUCGGACACAAAAAGAUAACUUAGACAAGAGCAAAGCAGAAAACGAGAAUCUAAGAGAAGAUCUUGAAAAACAAAAAGAAAAGAAUGACUUGACAAUGCAAGAACUGCACAAAGAGAGGCUGGCCUUGGAUCAGUUGAUCACUGACAUAAAACAGCAAAGAGACACAGUGGAAAACACACAAAAUGAAAUAAGACUUAAAGAACUAGAUCUGGAAAACAAAGAAAAAGAACUUGACAUGAAACGAAAAGAUAUAGAUAACCUAAGAAACACUGUGAUGGCUGAGAAAAUGCAGCUGGAAAAGAGGCAAAAAGUUGUGACUCAGCAGCAGCAAGAGGUUGAUGAUUUGAUUAAUGAAAACAGAAAAAUAAGAAAUGACUUAGAGAACACGAAAGGUUGUCUGGAACAAGAGAGACGACAACUACAAGAAAAUAUCAAAACAUUUGAAGACCAGAAGAAUAUUCUUGAUCCAAUCAAAGUAGAUGCAGCACAACAGACCGAUGAGCUUGGGAAAAUUACAGCAGAAACAAAGAAGAAAAAGGAACAUCUUGGAAGGGAAAGUGAAGAGACUGAUGCUCUGAAAAAAGAAAUCCAGAGAAAGAAAGAUGAACUGCAAAUCUUAAGUUUUGAGAUUGAAAGGUCCAAGCAAGAAAUGGCAGAAAACAGAGAUCAGUUUGAAAAAGAGAUGGACAAUUGGAAGCAGAAAAGGGCAGGUUUACUGACAGAAACUGAUCAGCGAGCCAAAACCAAAAUUAAGAAAGAAGUCAAAACAUUGAUGGAGAGUGAAACACAGAUCCAAGCUGCUUUACAAAUAGUCAGAGAGGACACUGAAGAAGACCAAACAGCUGCUGAAUUGCAGGUUGAUCUCCAGAAACAGAAGGAUGAACUAAAAGAACUGAGGAACACAAUUGAAGUAGAAAAAAAUCUGGUUGAAAAGAGAAAGGUUUCAUUAGAUCAACAGCAGCAAGAAUUAGAAGACAUCAUGGCGGCCAUCAAAUAUGAGAGAGAUGUGCUUGAAAAAGAGAAGUCUGAACUUGAUAAACACAUAUAUAUCUUCAAUCAAAAUAUGCAGUCAAAACAAGAAGAGAUUGAAAAAAGCAAAAAGAUCAUUGAGAGUGAAAAACAUUGUAACGAAAAGCAGAGAGCUGAUUUAAACAGACUGAAGGAAGAGGCUGAAUUCAGCAAACAAAGUGUACAACAAGAGAGAACUUUCCUGCAACAAGAUAAAAACAUGUUACAGAAGGAUAAAGAGGACAUGGAGGGCAUUUUUGAAGAAAAAACUAAAACAAUUGAGGAACUGCAAGAGCAAAUAAACAGAAAAUUGUCUGAACUGGAGAUGUUAAACAUGGAGAUUCAGGUAAAGAGACAGGAAGCAGAAAUGUAUCACUUACCAGGGGAGAUACAAGCAAAAAAUCACUCAAAGAGGGAAACUAAUGUCCUAAGAGAGGAAGCACAAGUAAAGAAACAAAAAACAGAUCAACUUGAGAUAUAUCAACUGAAGGCCAUCUCAAUAGAUGCUGAAACACAAACAUCUUUGGAUGACUUUAAGAAAACAGAUGACAGCAGACAACAGGAAUUUGAGGACGAAACACCUGCAACAAAGAAGAAACAACCCACUGUGACAAAGAUAGAAGUCACACACACAUCUGAAGUGCAAGAUAUUAGAAAAUCCUUAAAUAAACAAAUAGAAGAUUUGGAGAGAAUGAAGACAAUGAUGAAAAAGGAGAGACAUGAACUGCAACAAGCGAAAAUUGACUUUCAAAGGCAGAAGGAGGACUUUGAGCGGAAUUUGAAGGAAGUCAUGAAGGAGAAGUCAAGAAAUGAAGAACAAAUGCUUCAACUUAUACAAGACAAAGAGGAAUUAUCAAACAAACUUAAUGAGAAAAAUAAGGAAAAAGAGAGCAUCACAGAAACAUUCAUGAGAAAGAUGGGAGAACGGGAAAAGUCUAUAGCAUCACUGAAAGAAGAGAAGGAAAACAUCGAAAAUAAGUUGCUUCGACUAAAGCAAAAUGAACAGGAGAGACUAAAAAUCCAGAGCAAAACAGAUGAUACAUCUACUGGAAGUGACAAGCAUGCUGACAAAGUCACAUACAAAACAGCACUGGAACAACUACAAGACACUAAAGAGGAAAAAAGGACAGACAGAGACAGCAGUCUGGAACUCACUUACAUUUAUUGGGCCAAAACAGAUGGAGAAACCGAAGCACAAACCUCUAAAACUGACGCCCAAGGAGAAAUUCUUCAGGUAAUGGAUGGCACGACCUUAGAACGAGAUGAGCUAAACAUCAUGACAGCUGAAUUACAGAGGCAACACGAUGAAAUGGAGAAUCAAAUCAUUCAAACUGGCCUUCUUGAGCUUGAGAAGGCAAAGGAUCACCUGCAUAAAUUGAGGGAUGAAUGUAAAACUGCUGAAGAAGAAAAGUCAGUGAUCAUGGAGAGCCUCGAGAGGAGGAGGAACAGCCUGGAGAAGGUUCAAGCUGAGUUACUGAGACUUACCAAGGAGACUGAGCACCUCACACAAAGCUAUGAAUGCAAAAGAAGAGAACUGCAAGACAUUGAGACUGACAUACAAAGACAGACAAGGACUGUGAAGACUCAAGAGAAAACUAAUAUUCAGAGUGAACAAGGAGACCAAGUAAUACCAACUACACAAUUCAUUCAAGAACACACAGAAGAUGUUGAGCAGAUGAGAACUCAAGAGACACAAACUGAAAUCCAGGAAAGAGACACUCUACCAAAGUAUGAAGAGAUAGAUGCAAUGAAAAUGAGAAUACAGGAAAUGAAAGAUGAACUAAAAAACAAAUUACAAGACAUACAGAGGAAGGAACUGGAAAAACUUGGAAUGCAAAAAGAAAAAAUUGAGCUGGAGCUACGAAAAGCCGAAAACGAAAGAAAUAAUGAAGUCCUCCAGCAUGAGAGAGAAACAGACAGACUCAAGCUCAUAGAAAAGGAGAAAGAAAUACUUCUGCUAAGAGAGUGUAUGCUGAUCGAGAUCAAUCGACUGAAGAGUGAAGAAACAGAAACAAGUAGUCAGCGCUUGGAGAUUAUGGAGCGCCUCAUUAGUGAUGCAGCAGUAAGAGUGUACGGAUUCAGAAGGGUUACAGACAGAGCCGUGCAAACACUGAUGCUGGAAGGAGAUGGAGAGACGUUUGGAGGAGCUCAGAGCAUGACAAUUGAAUGGAUGGAAAGUGUCAGAGGAAGGGUGGAAAAUUCUCUGGAUGUCCUGAGUGAAGACAGGGAGGAAGCAGUGAGAGGAGAAUCCCAGAGAGGGGGCGUGGUCGGACCAACUUCGCGGAGAUUGCGGCUACUGCACUGGAUCAGACGGUGCUGCUGUUGCUGCUGUCCCAGGAACCCCAGAUACACUGUGGAGGACACUGAGGACAUUUUAUAAACACAGGUCUUGUUCAUUUAGAAGUUAAUUUUCAUAUGGAAUUUGACAGAAGCACGUCCUUAACAAAUGCAAUCUAUGAAUUAUGAAGAUUUUUAUUUAUAUUUUUAUAUGUAGUGAGUGAGAGUGAAAAAAAAGGAAAAAAAAAAGGAUAACAAAAUAAAUAUUUAGCCAGAAUGAAUCUUUUCAUGAAUACAUUCAGAACAACUAUACCUUUAACUCCUCAAAUAACUCAUUAGCAUAAAGUGUGCGAUAUGUGUAUGUAUGUAUGCAUUUUCUAUUUUCACAAAUUUGUCAGUAAAACACUCUGGGUCAACUGAUCCUGAAAAUAUCAAUUUUGAUUUGUCAUGACAAAUUGCUAUAAUUAUCUUGUGUUUUGUUCAACAUUGUGACAUAUAAUCAUGUAGUUGGAAAGAGUCAUGCUGUACUUUUACACAAAUGAAUGCAGGUUUUGGCGCAUUUGCUAUGUUUUUUUUUUUGUUUUGGUUUAAUGUAUACAAAUUUACAUUUGACUUAGCUUCUAUUGCUUUCAUGUGACAUAGCCUAUUCAUGUCGUGCCACAUAUUCACCUUUGUAACAACUCAAAGGUGUCAUGUAGAUGGAAAGAGAUGAGAUUUUAUACCACAUUUCAAGUCAUGUAGUUGGAAAGAGUCAUGCAAAGAAAGAAACAGAAGAAUAUGUUCAGAAAUAUAGUCAUUUUCCAGAAUAAAAGAUUUAUGCUGCACUUAAACAGAA